GGCUGCAGGCGUGCUCACGCAGCCAUGUUUGAAAAGCGGGAUCUGGUUGACUGUUCACUCUCUGAUUGUGCUGUUAACUACUGUAUUACGAUGGCUGAUUGUGGUAUUAUAUAGUUGAUGUUUAAACAAGUUUUAAACAGUGUAAGUAAACAAUGUUUGAGCAGUUGUUUGGCCAAGCGAUAUUCCGUUAGCGAUAGGUUCUUGCGCAGUCUUGCAUAAGGACAUGAACGACCACAAUGGUAGCGUCGAGCUUUUUAUAACUUGUCUAACUAUGGGAGCGCAAACAUCAUAAAUAAAACCAAAAGCUGUAAUAUACAUCACUUAAUAAAACAGUUUGUGCAGUUAAUUAUAAAUACAUGCUGGGAUGUUAUACGUGGGCCGAGUGUUUAUUUUAAGUGGAGUCUUAUUGUUCCAAGUUAUGUUCCGGGUUUAUAAUGUUGCUUAUGCAAGGAAAGCUACGCUGUAAUGUAAAGUGUGGGAAUGACGAGACGUAUUGUUUUUGGAUGUUAUAACAUAGGUGCGUAUUUGUAUAUAGCACGUUGUCCUGUUCCCUAUUGUGAUUAUUCAUGGUGAACUCAUACGACAGGUCCUACCCUUCCGGGUUGGUCUACGCUAAUGCUUGUACCUACCCACUCAAAUAUAAUAAUGUUCAUUCCAAUACAAAGGCAUAGGGAAUGGCAGGCCAAUGUAUCCGUACAAUCUGUCUACUCGUUUUCAUUAUAUUGAACGUUAUACUUCAAAGUGAAGGCGUGGAUGCUUCAAUAGUUUACAAUGGAAGUGAGAUCAUGUUCUUUAAUAAAACAAGGAAAACAUUUGAUGAAUCUCGAAGUUCAUGCCAAGCUAUACAUGGUGACUUAUUGAUUAUUAAGGAACAAGGCUUACAAGAUGUUGUAACUCCUAAUCUGGUAACUCCACCCGGACCUGGCGAGUGGGACACAGGUUAUUGGAUCGGUGCACAGCGUAAAGCAGAAGCUAAUGAAUGGCGUUGGAUCGACGGAACAAUUUUCUCAACAACAGUCGGUUACAACAAUUGGAUAGGUGUUGAACCUAACGCUAAAAAAUCUACCACUGUGUGCGCUGCAAUGACACCGUACCAUGAUAUCAAGUAUCACUCACAUAUUAAAAAGGGGGUUUGGUUGGACGAUGUGUGCGGUAGAACCAAGUAUUUGGUUUGCCAACGAGAUCUUUGCUUUUCCGGACGUUGCAACAACGGUAGUUGUAUCGCCAUGGCAACCAACUAUACGUGUAGAUGUCACCCAGGAUACGUAGGAAGUCAUUGUGAGAUAGACUUGUGUGCUUCGAUGCCGUGUUUAAACGGAGGAACUUGCAACAAAGUCCCGAAUAAUUUCACUUGUUCGUGUUCGCCAGGGUUCAUUGGAUCAAAGUGUGAAACAGACUUGUGUGCUUCGAUGCCGUGUUUAAACGGAGGUACUUGCAACAAAGUAACGAAUAAUUUCACUUGUUCGUGUUCGCCAGCGUUCAUUGGAUCAAAGUGUGAAACAG